GCCCCGCCCACACCCCCACCCCCACCCCGCCCUCCAGGACCCCGCGUCUUGGAUCUGCGGCAGCACCUGGAGCGAUGGGGCCACAACCCGGAAAACUGCCCGCACGUGCGCGUGUCCGGGGGCUGCUGCCGCGGAGCCCUGGUGAAGAUGGGCGGGCGCAUCAAGACCUGGCGGAAGCGGUGGUUCUGCUUUGACCGCCAGGCCCGCCGCCUGGCCUACUAUGCGGACAAGGAAGAGACCAAGCUCAAAGGCGUCAUCUAUUUCCAGGCCAUUGAGGAAGUCUAUUACGACCACUUACGCUGUGCCUUCAAGAGUCCCAGCCCUCGCCUGACGUUCUGCGUCAAAACCUACGAACGCCUUUUCUUCAUGGUGGCUCCGAGCCCCGAAGCCAUGCGCAUUUGGAUGGACGUCAUCGUGACCGCAGCCGACGAAAACCACGCCCCCUGAGGAGCCCCGCCCCGUUGGGAGGCACCUCCCGGCGAGGCCCCGCCCCCGCGCAAGUGGCGGCACCUGGAGGCCCCGCCCUCUUCCGGGAACUUGGGGCCCGCCCCUUUGGCGCUCCUCCGGGACUUCUGCUGGCGCUGCAGCUCGGCGGACCUGAG